AUGUAUAUAUUAAUUGGUGUUAAUAUUGGACGGAAUAAAAAUACAACAACAGAUGUUGAACAAGAUUAUACAUUAGGUAUUGAACAAUUUGGAUGUCUUGCUGAUUAUCUUGUUAUUAAUAUUUCAAGUCCAAAUACACCCGGUUUAAGAGCAUUACAACAUGAAAAUGAAUUAAAAAAUCUUCUUACGUCUAUUCGUAACGUUUGUAAUAAAAUCUCAUGUAAAAAUGAACGAGAUCAAACAAUAAAAACACCAUUAAUUCUACUUAAAAUUGCACCUGAUUUAAAUGAAAAUGAAAUAAAAUCAAUUUCACAUAUUAUUCGUCAACCGAAUACACGUAUUGAUGGUUUAAUUAUAUCUAAUACAACAAUAGCAAGAAUGGAUACAUUAAAAAGUGAACAUCGAAAUGAAACUGGUGGAUUAAGUGGUAGACCAUUAAAAGAAAAAGCACUUGAAACUCUUCGUUUAUUUCGACUUUAUACUCAAGGUCAAAUUCCUUUGAUCGGUGUUGGUGGUAUUGAAACAGCAGAAGAUGUUAUCGAACGAAUGAAAGCUGGUGCAAGUCUCGUACAAGUUUAUACAAGUUUAACUUAUUCUGGUCCACCACUAGUCAAUAAACUUAAUCGUCAAUUAGUUAAUUUAAUGAAACAACAAAAUAUAAAACAUCUCAAUGAAUUAAUUGGUAAAGAUAGUUAA